AUGGCAAUGGACACCAUGGUGGACAACCAACCCGAACCAGCGCCGCCUUUAGGGGACGCGGCGACCGCUGUCGAUAACUUUGGUGAUCUCCUCGCACAACUGCUGCAGUCACUGCCAGCAGAAUCGUCGCGGCUCUUCCUGUUGGCCCUCAGUGGCCUCUCUCCAAGCGAGAGCGCUGAACUUUGUCGCUACGUCGACCGUCUCCGUGACGAGAAGCAGUUUCGCGUGGUCAAAGCGAUGGCCGAGUCGACGUUUGAAGGCAAAAAGAAAUUCAUCAUGAAUCUGCGGAAAAAGUUUCAGGUCCAACAGGCAAAACUGGCGGAAGUGCAGGCGCAGGAGGAACGGGCGAUGGAAUCGCAUAAUAUGCGCAAACAGGCAAUAAAUGCUGCUGGUCGGGUCAAAAUCAUGAACAGUGGUGCUAACAAAUUCCACUCAUUUAACGCGGUCGUGGGUCCUGACGGCAAGGAAAUCUACGUCAACAAACUUACAGCGCAGAAUCUGGCUGGUAUGCCGAAUGCAGACGGUGUUGUCGUGGGUCGGUCACUGUCUUCGUCGUCCGUGGGGAUCUCGAAAGAGGAUAUUUCGCAGAUGGGGCGAUUGCUGAGCAACUCACACAUUAACGAAUCGGAGAUGAAUCUGCGCGAGCUUGAAAUCAAUAAGAAGGGCUUCAUGUUUGGUGGCAACACUACAUCAAGUUCCACACACGACGAUGAUGACGGGUCAGCAGUCAAGCGCGACCGUCCACAGAGUAGUCGACUGCUCGUAGAAGGCGAGCAGAAGCCUACGCAACGUACGCGCUCUGACACUGGCUCAUCAGUACCAGCUGGAGAUAAUGAGAACAGCGAAAGUUGUACCAGCAACGCUGAAGGCGUGGAGGAUCCGGAUGCUCCAACAACCAAGCGCUGGACUAAGGGCCAAGACACUGCUCUUCGGGAAAGUGUGCGUAUCCACGGCGAAAAGAACUGGAAGGCUAUUGCCGAGCUCGUACCAGGUCGAAAUCACGCUCAAUGUUUGCAACGUUGGCGCAAGGUUCUGAAGCCAGGCCUUGUGAAGGGUCAUUGGUCGUUCGAAGAGGAUCAGGUACUAGAGUAUCUCGUGACGCAGGGUUGCAACAAUUGGGGCCAGAUUGCAGAGCGAAUCCCAGGGCGUACACCGAAGCAGUGCCGUGAACGAUGGAAAAACCACUUGGACCCUGCGAUCAAUAAGGGCCCUUACACUGAAGAAGAAGAUUCGGUGAUCCUUACUGCACAGGCGAGGCUUGGGAAUAAAUGGUCGCAAAUUGCGCAGCUUUUGAAGGGUCGUACGGAAGACUCGGUAAAAAUCCGCUGGAAGUCGCUCAAGCAGAAUCCCAGUAAGGCUGCAGCUUCGCACGCGCAACACAAGAAGAACCAGCAGCAGGCACAAGCUGCUGCCGCACAACAAGCGGCAAUGGGCUACAAUAACUCGGCGUUGAUGCGUCAGCGACAGUUGCAAUUGUUGCAACAGCAGCAACAUAUGCAGGCACACAAUGCUGAAGCUGUGCAGCAGCUCGAUCAACAGCAGCAGAUGCAGCAAAUGCGUCUUCACGAAAAGCUCAUGCAGCAACAGCUACAGCAGGGUCAGCACGUCAGCCACGUUGCCAUGCUCACGGAGGACCUGAAGGCCGAGCCGUACCAGCAGAACCGCGGUAUGCUCAUGAGUCACUCGCCUGGUGGUGAUCCGAGUCUGUUCGCUGCUGGCUCGUAUGCUCAACAGCCGUAUGCCCCUCAGCAGCAAUACGAGAGUCAAGAUUAUGUCGCCAACAAUAGCUACGAUCCGCGGUAUUACGAACGGCAGACAUCUACUGGAGCGGUUAGUCAAGGCACGUCUCCAGCGCAUCAGAUGGACCACCAGCAGCAGAAUGCCGGUGAGACCUGGCUUGUACCUGGAGCCGCCGGUACGAACGGGGACAUGAUUCAAGACGGGAUGCCUCGAAUGGUGGACAGCCAACAGCAAGCUCAGCAGGCCCAGCAGCCUGGCGCCAAUAGUGCGAGCAUGUGGGAUUCGUAUCCACGUCAACAAGAUACGUCACAGCUGAGUCCGCUGGGUCUGCAGGCACUGUUGCAAGAUCCUGCGCGUGGUGGUGCAUUGGACCCAAGCUUUUACCAGUCGAUGGGGCAACAGGAGCAAGAGCAGCAGCAGUCUCCAUUCCCAUACGAAAGCGGUUUGUCGAGUUUUGACAGCUCCUCAACGAUGGCGUUUUCACACACGCAGGCGCUGUAA